AUGGCGGGAACCUGGAAAGAUCCCCAUUCCCUGCAGCUGUAUCUCCAGUUUCACAUUUUCUUUUUACCAGGGGUGAACAUAUCUGAGCCAGCCCCCCCAUGCUUGCCUCAAGCACCUUGCAAGUCCGUGGACUUCGAAGACAUUUUCAGAGGCUGGCAAGUGAGCGUUGAACCUGUCCCUGCCGAGGACGAGGAAGCCCCCUCGAAGCUCACCUCUCCGUGCUACAGAUGGUGCAUCAAGCAGCAGUGGGUGGACUUGCUGGCGGAAGGCCUCUGGGAGGCACUCCUGGACCAGUACCAACCCAACAUCACCAUCAUGGACUGGUACGAGAACAGCACCUUGGCCCCGCCGGUCUAUGAGCUUCACAUCCGGCUCCUGGGAACCACAGAGGCUGCGGUGAUCAGAGAAUUUCACUACGUGGCCUCUCUAAAAGAGCGAGAUGGGAAGAACAAGGACUGGCACCAUGUUUCCCACGUCUUCCAGGACUAUGGCCCGGGCGUCCGUUACGUCCACUUUCUGCACAAGACCAAGGAGGCUGAGACUCUGGCUGGGCUCCUCCGAACGAGAGUGACGGACAGCAGUGUCUCGGUGCAGCUGCGGGACUGA